UCUGGUGGCCGUCCUGUAAACCACUCUGAUGUAUGGAAUUAGAAGAGAACUAGAGAAGGGGAUUUGGGAGAAGGAGCAAGUGGUCGAAGGAGCAAUCGGCGUUGGGGCGGAGUCUGACGGUCGUCACACCUCCCCUCCCGCGAUCCUACAUCUCAGGACGUCCCCCCGGCGAUAUUCCACUGCUGUCACCAGUUUUGUCACGUUCCGGGAGGAGUGCAGUUCGACGGCCGUCAUAGUAGGAAGAUCAACCGUCUUUUAUUCAGAAGGAUUAACCAGAGAAAUGGACGUAUUUGCGUUAUUGCGGUAACAGUGUUUAUUCGUGGCGUCGAUGAUUCGUACUUGGAAUUCUGCAACUUCUCACCGGUAACGUGACACUUACCGACGGAGUAGAUAUUAAUUCGUUUGUUUCACGUCACGUGCGAUUCACGCGGGUGCGACAAUAGGCUGGUGUAUACCGAGAGUAAAAAAGCGUACGGUCGUGCGCGUGCGUUCGUUCGUUCGGCUACGUUUUCACGGUGUGAAUUUUUUCUCUGAACGCGGGCAAAGCCUAGCGUGGGAUAUUGGACGGUGAUAAACGUCGAGAGCGAACCGUCCUUUCCUCUUUCCUAAUUGUAUUUUGGCAGCGUGUGGUUUUUCCCUGCGGGGGUGUCUCUUGUGUCGUGGGCAACCGCUUUGCGGUAAAACAAUCAAAAUUCGGGUGAAGAACAGAGAACCGUUACCAUCCUACGCGAUGGAAAUGAGCGACGAAUAUCAGGACAUGGGAAACCCUGGAGGAGGGGUCGCGGUGGUCAAUAUACCGAUGGCCCAUCAUCAGCAUUCGCCCGAUAGUCCGCUGUCGCAUCAGGAAGAAGAUCUGUCCGAUCCGGAUCUUCAGGAUGAAGAGAGCGGCGAGGAGUUACCUCAGCAACCACUUCAAGGUAACACGCACUCCUCGACGGAUAGUGCAUCCGCGCAGGCUGGUACACCUACUCCAUUAACACACUUGAACAGUCUGAUGGGUGCACAUCAUCCGCACUUUCUGGCAAAAUUGAAGAUGGAGCCCACCGAUAUGGACGCUUUGAACAACAAGAGCGGUUUAGAAGCGUUGCAAGCGGCAAUGGGCGGAAGUGGUUUCAAUCUGCCAUUCUCGUUUCCACCACCCGCGUUUCUGACGCCCCAACACCACUCGCAAAACAGUCACGCGCAAUCUGGUGGUAGUAUCGGGAGCGGGGUUGGAAAUCAAGUGACGUCGUCGGCUAGCUCACAUUCUAGCGAGUCUUCACAGGGGAGCGCUAGAAACGGUGGCGAGCCUCGCGAGACCAACAAUCAGUCUCAGGGUAAUACGGCGGGAGCGAAUCACCAGCAGCAGACCAGUUGGAGCUUCGAAGAGCAGUUCAAACAGGUGCGUCAGCUUUACGAGAUCAACGACGAUCCGAAAAGGAAGGAAUUCCUGGACGAUCUCUUCAGUUACAUGCAAAAGCGAGGAACGCCGAUCAAUCGACUGCCGAUCAUGGCGAAAUCGGUACUGGAUCUGUACGAAUUGUAUAAUUUGGUGAUAGCGAGAGGUGGCCUCGUUGACGUGAUCAACAAGAAGCUUUGGCAGGAGAUCAUCAAAGGCCUACACUUACCAUCGAGUAUCACUUCCGCCGCGUUCACUCUGCGUACCCAGUACAUGAAAUACUUAUAUCCGUACGAAUGCGAGAAGAGACGACUGUCGACACCCGCAGAGUUGCAAGCGGCGAUCGAUGGGAAUCGUCGCGAGGGACGACGAAGCAGCUACGGGACAUACGCGGCAAGCGGCAGCACGACGAACGAGAGCCUCGUUCAAAGGAAUCCCCACACGCCCAACUCGUUGGCGUUGCACGCGCAAAUGUCCCCGUUGUCUUUGGUCACAGCAGUUGCAGCCGGUGGCCAGCACCACGGAUCCCAGUCGCUGGUAAACGGCAGCGCUGCGCACACCCCAUUGCCGCACCACCCGCACCAUCCUCAACACUCCCAGGGCCUACCGGGACAACCACCGAAUGCAGGCCCUAUACCCGGAAUGGCGCCAUCCGAAUUCGAAGCACGCAUGGUGGAAUACGUAAAACUGUUGAACAAGGAAUUGAGAAGCGGAACACCGCCACCAAUGGGGCACAGGCCGGGAAGCGCAUCUCCCCCGUCCUCGACGCCGUCGAGAGACGGGGCGUUCAGCGCCCUGGAAAUGUCACGAUUGACCUUGUGGAACAUGUACAACAACAACACCUUGUAUCCAGGGGUCGGCCACCAACCACCCAUCUCGCCCCAAACGUCUCAUUCCCCGCUACCUCCGGCCUCCAGUCCCGAACCUCAGAGGGAAGCUCUUGAUCUCGGGCUGAGUCGCGAGUUUCCCAUUUUCAGGUCGUCGCCCGUAUCCUCGCCGGCAAGGCAAAGCUCGCCGUCCUCGGGCGGCAGUAUGCAAGUCAAGAGGGAUACGGAACUGACCGUCGCCCCCGGACCUCCUCCCGCUAAAAGGUUACUCUCGGAUGAGGACAGUCCGCCCGAGAAGAACGCCCCGGCCACUCUGGGCACGCACAUUAAAAUUUCAAAUCGAGGUGACGGCAGGAACGGCGACAAUUCCUUAGUAGUCAGUAUGGAGUUGAACGGGGUGAUGUAUCAAGGUGUUCUGUUCGCUCAAAGUGACAGCAGGUCCACGAGCAGUACAGCGUCCACCAACAACAACAAUAACGCGAAACCGUCGCGGAGUGUGGUCUCGUGAACGCUUAACGAAUCGUUAUACAAUCGUUAUAUCCGCGAAUAUAGCUCUAUAGGACACACACACAUACACACACACAUACACACACACACACACACGCACACACACACUCCCUCGCGUCGCGUUACAAGUAGGAGCAAUAUUAAACAAAGAGAAUCGAGAAUAGCGGUAUGAAAAGGGUAUAGGGUGUAAAGACUUGGUCUUUAUUAUUAUUAUCGGUCGGAGGACCUCUCAAUCUCUGCGUUGUCUUUCCUUUCGUUCAACCCCACGAUAUGAUUAGGAAAGGGGAAGGGGGGGAGGGGGGGAUUUACGAAAACUACGUGAAACUAACGAUACUAACGUACGGUUGAACUGGAAACGGAAAGAAUUUUCUUCGAAGAAUCUUGACUGGAAGCACUCGGCCAAAUAGAUUAACCGUUUUUUGAGUAACGAACUUCCGAACCGGAUCGAUCAUUUGUCUUUUUUCUUUCUUUUCUUCCUUCCUUUUCUUUCUUUCUUUCUUUUUUUCGUCACUUUAUCAAUCAUCGAAUCAAAACAUCUUAACUUAUUUAUUGAUGCUGGUUUCUCGAGAUUUGAGCGGCGUUUGAUUAUUUUUUUUUUUUUAGUUUCUUUUUCUUUUUUUUCUUUCCCUUCCUUACUUUUCUUUUCUUCUCUUCUCUUGUCCCUCUUGUUCGGGAAAUCAGUCUUCUUUCGUUAUUUUAUUAUAGCGUUUUAAAUCAGCAUGCGUGUGUGUAUAUUUGUUAUAACUUUUUACCACGAUAUUAACUCGAUAACAAACCGCGAAUGUAAAAAAAAAAAAAAAAAAAAGAAAAGCAGGUGUGUGUACAUAUGUAUUUGUGCACGCAAAAUUCACACUUUCUGUCAUUAUUCAACGCACUCUUCGACACACGCGCACAUGGGUUCACCACAGUCGUUCACCACUGUAUACAGGAUUGAACAAUUGACGAUAUACAUGAUAUAAUGAUUUGCAUUAAUAUUAUUAAUUUGUAAAGAAAAAAUAUUUCGAAUAAAAUUUCGAAUGAAACAAAUUUUCAUGGUAUAUAUACAGGUACUCUUUUAGUUCUUUUGAAGAUAUAAGUGACCACCUUUGUUCUUGCAUUUGGAAUGGAAUCGUAUAUUUUUAUUAUUAUAUUAAUCGAUUUUGUUGAUUAUUAUUAUUAUUAUUAUUUUUUCCUUUUCUAAUACAAAAAAUAUAUAAUUCCAUUUGAAAGAAGAUAAUUUAACUUUCGAGCGUUACAACUUCCUAUAAGAAAGAUAAAUUCAUCUUGUUGUUCGAAAUAUUUUUUUAAUUAUAGAUAAUAAUAAUAAUAUAUGUCAAAUCAAAAUAAUAUAAUGUCACGUGUUUAAUUCUGUAUACAUAUAUAUAUACACACACACAUAUAUACACACAUUCAUACACAUACGUAUAUGCACACACAUCUUCUUAUAUUAUACAUAGACAAAUGUCCAUCUUGUUGCUCGUUCGUUAAGUAUAUGUACAUAGUCAUUCGAAUUUACAUUUUUUUCUUUCGCAAAAAAAAAAAAAAAAAAAGGGACAGAGCUCAGUGCGACAGUUUACAAGAAGAUACGCCAUUAUUAUAAUUAUAAUUAUUAUUAAUUAUUGAUUAUUUACUGUUAGACGUUAGAGAGAAAAAGAUAUUAUGUAUCGUGAUUUUUAUAUAUAUAUAUACGCACGAGUAAUAAUUUUUAUUUUCUUUUACUUUCUUUUCGUUGUAGGCAGAUUUGUAUAAAAAAAAAAGAAAAAAAAAAAAAUCAGGCGGUAUCGAUACGUGAUGGUUAGCUUCCUCUUUUUACGAGAUACACGUGUGGAUUAAUUGUCCACGAAAUCAAAACGGGAAAUUUUGCGAACGGACGCAAAAGACGGAUCGUUACAACUCGUUUCUUCCUUUUUUACUUUUUAUUUACGUUUUCGCUACGUUGUUUUCUUUCUUUUUUAUAUUAAAUGCGCGAGAAAGGAUACGAGCGAUAUUAAAAUCGUAAAAAGCAUUUAACCGAUUCAGCAUUUCAAAUGUUGUUUCGCUCGCGCACAACACGUAUUUCGCAUUUUUAUUAUUAUCGUACGCAUCGUCGAUCUUUAAGUUCUUCUUUUUUCGUUCUUUCUUUCUUUCUUUCCCCUUUUUUUCUUUUUUUUUUUUUUUUUUUUUUUUUCUUUCUCCCCUCUAACGAUAGACAGAAUCAUGUUGUUUCGAUGACCUAGGGCCAGUUCAAUAAAUAAUAUACCGAUACCGCAGCCAACGGGACUGUGAAAAAACGCUGAACACCCACGUAUUAUAUAAAUGUAUAAUAUAGCAACGUUUACUUUAUUAUUAUUAAUUGCUUAGUAUGUAACGCGCAGAAGAAUCAUACAGAAUUUAAAAAAAAAAAAACUUAUCCCCCUUAGAAGGUAAGCGCAUUUCACAAAGCGUUCAGAAUGAGAAAAAUAAAAGCAUCCUUAGUCAUAGUUGUUAGGAUACAAAACAUUUAGCGGAGGUAAGAUAUUAGAGGAUAAUACGCGCGACAGUAAUACAAAGUACAUAAGAUAGGUAAGAGGAAAGAAUUUUGCGGACAAUUUUUUUUUUUUUUUUUUUUUUCUUUGUCAGUUUUUGCCAGGCGGAUAUUGGAAUGUGGAGAAAUACGAAUGUUUGUUGGCUUAUUUGAUGGACUUUCAUAUUGAUAACGAUGCGGUAUCGAGAAGGAAGAAACUGUUUUAUUGUUUAUAGUUCGAAGGUUAGCCAAAAAGACUGUUAUAUAGGACGAAUAUUAUAUAUGGUAGAAAUAAUUUCUUAUUAUGGUUAUUAAGAAUGAUAUUAUUAUCAUCGUCAAUAUUAAUAUUACGACUAUAUUGCUAUUAUUCCUAUUACUAUUAUUAGUAUAUUAUCCAACUACAUAUUUACUAUUAUCACCUUGUUAUGGCGUGAUAGCGAAUAACGGUUCUAAUAAAAGAACAAAAAAAAAAAAAAA